AUGGACAGCCAGAUUCCUUAUGAUGACUACCCAGUGGUUUUCCUGCCUGCCUAUGAGAAUCCUCCAGCAUGGAUUCCUCCUCAUGAGAGGGUACCCCGCCCAGACUACAACAAUGAGUUGACCCAGUUUCUGCCCCAAACCAUCACACUGAAGAAGCCUCCUGGAGCUCAGGUGAUUCCUGACUCUGAUGCACAUAGAGCAGGACUUCAGGAAGGGGACCAAGUUCUAGCUGUGAAUGAUGUGGAUUUCCAAGAUACUGAGCACAGCAAGGCUGCUGAGAUCCUGAAGACAGCUCGUGAAAUCAGCAUGCAUGUCCGCUUCUUUCCCUACAAUUAUUAUCACCAAAAAGAGAGGACUGUGCACUAG